CUCGGUGUUGUUAUGCGUGCUCUGUACAGUUAUAAAUUUUGUGCAAUACUGUUAUAAUACAAGUGCAGAAUAAUACAAGUGUAUAUUUUAAAUAUUCAACGUGCCGUGAAUUUCACUCAAUCACGACAAUGUCGGCCAAAGACAAGCGCAAGUCAGGAUCCACGUAUAGAUCCAUAGAAGCCAAUAAUAAAAAGCUUGAUGCUGAAUUGUUUGGAGAGAGUAGUGAAGCUGGGCCAAGUAAUAUUCAGACAGCUACGUCAAAUGUAGAGUUCAGUGAACACCCGCAUUGUGAGAACCAUCCUUGUCCAUUUGAUGAAUACAUCUUGCAAGAAGAAUACGUCAGUGAUUGGGUUACUAUCGAUGCAUUCGACGAUAUGAAAGUAUAUGAAGAGGUCAACGAAGAUUACGAUGAAGCUGAGGAAACUAUACACAGUACACAAGAGUCUCAACACGAGGAGGAACCAUUUGAUGAGCUUAUUCGAAAUUGGGCAUUAAAAACAUACCAAACACAUCAAGCGCUAAAUGGACUAUUAGAAAUUUUACGUAAAAAAACGGACUACCAACUGCCGAAAGAUGCUCGCACGUUGCUUAAGACAAGGCAAUGUGGAAAAGAAUCGUACCCCCUAUAG